AUGGCACUGUCCACCGUCGGCAGGCGCGGAUUCGAGCGCCUGGACCGCAAUGUCAGGCAGAGCCGCGCUGCGCAUAAGGCGGUGUCUAAGGAGCAGCGGCAAGAGAUCAAGGAGGCCUUCGACAUUUUUGAUUCCGAACGCACUGGGAAGAUGGACUAUCAUGAGCUGAAGGCACAUUGA